ACUUGGGAAUUUUAAAAAAUAAACAGUUGGCUGUUGGCAACGUAUUCCUUGGAAAAAAUACGAAACCAAGCCAUGUUAUGCCACAAGAGGCGCCGAAGCCUAAACACCUUCUCUUGACGUCUUUGCGUUAUUUUAGCCGUUAAAAUGGUUAUAAUGAUCCUUGUAUAUUCAUCGUAAUGGAUGAAAACGAUGCUGGUAUUCUUCAGUUUGCACCAUUUUCAAGUGCUGUUGAUGCUGGAUUUUGGACUUCUUUACAACGCAAGAAGUUAGAAGAGUAUCAUUUAGAUGAAUCAAGUAAAACUAUUAAAGGGUAUUACGCUAAUGAUAAUUUAGAUGGAUUUCAGGCACGAUUUAACCUUGAUUAUGAUGCGUUAGAUAGAUCUGACAUAUGUUCCAAAAAUAGAUUCAUUUGUCAUGGGGAACUUCUCAAUGCCAAUACAAUUGAAAAUUUCAAAGCCUUCAACAAGCAAAAACUGUUGGAGUCAGUUGGGAAAAAGAUAUGGCAAAGUAUUAUAUCAAAAGAAGCGUUGGAAAAACUAGAACUUCUGAAUCAGUUUAUUUUGAUCACAUUUGCUGAUUUAAAGAAAUAUCACUUUUACUAUUGGUUUGGAUUUCCAGCACUUUGUCCUUCAAAUAAAGUGAUUUUAAAUCAUCGUGUAAAAGGGUUGCUUGAUGUUUUCACCAAAAACCAGAUAUCAAGUCUUCAGACAGCCAUUGAUGAAGAAACAAAGAAAAAUGGAGCAAUGCCAUAUUUUCUUGUGAAGAUGGUGAAUGAUCAAGUCUACAUAGAUCAUGUUAAAAACUGGGAAUUGUUUUUUAAGGAGAAAACUAAUGUGGUCACUGUUGGUUUUGCAGACCCUUGUACUUUAAAAUCUAAUCCUGGUUGGCCUCUGAGAAACUUUUUAGCACUUAUUGGUGUGCAUUGGGGAAGAGAUUUUGAGACAUUGCAAGUGAUUUGCUAUAGAGAUCGUGUGAGAUCAGGAAUUAGGGAAAUUACCCACAGUGUUGUCCUGGAAUUUCCAGUGGCAUUGUUUCAAUCAGAGUGCCCCAAGUGUGUGGGCUGGGAAUUGAAUCAUCGACAAAAACUAGGUCCUAGGAUGGUCAAUCUUAGUUUGUCUAUGGAUCCAAACAAACUUGCUGAAUCUGCUGUUGAUCUAAACUUGAAACUUAUGCGUUGGCGUUUGUUGCCUGAACUAAAUCUUGAAAAAGUUUCUCAAACAAAAUGUCUCCUGCUUGGUGCUGGAACCUUGGGUUGCAAUGUCGCCCGAUUGCUUAUGGGUUGGGGUGUACGAGCAAUAACGUUUGUUGAUAAUGGAGUCAUCUCUUAUUCUAAUCCAGUUCGGCAAAGUCUUUUUGAAUUUUCUGAUUCCAAAAAGGGUAAAGCAGAGACAGCAUGCGCUGCUCUUCAAAAGAUAUUCCCUGGUGUAAAGUCUUCAUGGCAUAAUUUGUCAAUACCAAUGCCAGGACAUCCUGUUUCAAAAAAUGGUAGUGAAGAAAAGUCAGUUCAAGAGACUGUUGAAAAACUCGACAAUCUUAUUGAUGAGCAUGACGUCAUCUUUCUGUUGUUGGACACGAGAGAAAGUCGAUGGUUACCGACCGUUAUAGCUGCUUCAAAGAAAAAGAUAGUGAUCAACGCGGCAUUAGGCUUUGAUACAUACCUUGUCAUGCGUCAUGGCUUGAAGAAGUUUUCGGAAACUGAGAAUGAAAGUGAAAAUUUGAAUCCUGUUAAAGUGUCAUGCUCGUCAAUACCCGGUCAUCUGCUUGGUUGCUAUUUCUGUAAUGACGUCGUCGCCCCUGGUGAUUCCACCAAAGAUCGAUCGCUUGAUCAGCAAUGCACUGUAUCAAGACCUGGAAUGUCUUACAUAGCGAGCGCCAUUGCUGUAGAAUUACUUGUUUCAAUACUUCAACAUCCUUCUGGUGGUUAUGCUACUGCUGACACCAGCGCAGCAGAACAACAUUUGACUGCUGACCUGAGUUCGUCUCUCGGAUUAGUACCACAUCAGAUUCGUGGAUUUCUGUCAAGAUUUCAUCAAGUUUUGCCUGCCAGUUUAGCAUUUGAUAAAUGCACUGCAUGUUCAUUUGUUGUUGUUAACAAGUAUGUAGAUGAAGGUUUUCCUUUUCUUCUUCGAGCUUUCAACAUUCCUAAGUAUCUCGAGGAUCUUACAGGCUUAACAAAAUUAAUUGAGGAUACGAAAUUACUUGAAGUCUGGGAAUUAAGUGAAGAAGAAGAUGAGUCUGACUAAACUGCAUGAAGAUCAAACUUUCAAUGUUACUUGUUUCAAAUAAUCUUUUCUUAUCAAAUAUGCGUUUUUAUUAUGAACAAUCUAUUUUAUCUGCGAAGCAUCAAGGCUCCAUUCUAAUAAAUCUUUCAUCGCGCCUAGAUCAAUCAUCACGGGUUUUUGUCAGUUGGUUGAAAGUAGGUGGGACUAAUGGGUACCUGCUGAAAAAAUGCCAUUUGACGUUGUUGAGAAUAUCAUCGAGCCUUUUCAUUCAAAAUCUAUUUCUUGUUAAGCUUUAGAAUAAAUAAGAGUAUACGAAUGUGA